AUGGAGGCCGAGGCAAAAGUCGCUGCAGAGAGGGCCGAGAAUCUACUGGCUCAGCUGCGGGGAGAUAGUAGCCAGGUCAGAACCUUCGGCAAGCAAUUUGGUGAAGCGCAGGCCAAGACGAACCGCUACCUUGAAAGAUGCAGGGCUACACUUGACGCCGGGGGAAGGUUGGAAGAUGUAGAGCGAGAACAGUGA